AUGUCAGAGUUCAUAAUAUUUCCUGAAAAAUGCGAUAACGUAAAGGAAAAAUUGCAAGACAGCCUUGGAAUCCAAGGCGACGUCCAGGCCUAUCCCUCCAUCUCCUUCAAUGUGGUGGGUGCCACCGAGGCCUCAUACAGAGACUUCCUAGGGGCACUGCGAGAAAUCGUGUCCCGGGGAACCCAAACAGUAAAUGGUCUACCAGUGCUGAAGACCGCAGGCAAUGUGCUGGAUCGAGACCGAUUCGUUCUGGUCAAUCUCAUCAAUAUCAACACCGUCACCUUGGGAAUAGAUGUGGUGAACCUUUAUGUGGUGGCUUUUAGUAGUGCAAAUAGCCAAUCCUUUUUUUUCAAAGACGCUACCACACUUCAACUCAACAAUCUAUUCGUCGGCACCAAACAAACCAAGUUAACCUACACCAGCAACUAUGACAGCCUUGAGCAGCAGUCAAAGGCGAGGGACAAGCUCCCUCUGGGACCAACUCCCCUAGCUGACGCCAUCACAAGGUUGUGGUACGGUGGGAGCGUAGCCGAACCGGUUCUUGUGGUCAUUCAGAUGGUCUCGGAAGCAGCAAGGUUCAAACGCAUUGAGGAACAAGUCCGCAAAAGCAUAACCGAUCGAAACACUUUUACACCGAAAGGUUUGAUAGUGAGCAUGGAGAACGAAUGGUCGUCUAUGUCCAAGCAGGUUCAGCUUUCGAUAGACGGAGAAAACUUCAUUAACAGCGUUCAGCUUCAAGAUGACAAUUACAGGCCCCUCAUAGUAAACGACUUUACUACACUUAGUCGCUAUACCAUGGUAGCGAUUCUCCUCUACCAAAGCAGCAAGACUACUACUAGUAGUUAUAGCAAUAUUGCUCUAGCUGAGGACUUCGUCAACAACGAAUUGUUCAAACUCUGA